CCCCCAACCCCAACCCCAAUCCAGGCUUUCCACAACGUAUUGCCCUUCUCUGAGAAUGAUUUAGGUUUUUGUUUUCUUUUGUUUUCCUUGCAAGAGUCUAUCAUACAGGAGGGUUCCUUCGGUCCGGAUGUGCUCGAAGGGAGGAAACUAUCAAUUUGCCUUCUCAGGUCCUGUUUAAUAAGAUUCAUUCUUUCUCUCUGCUCUGCUAGGGGUGAAAGCACGUUUAGAACAUGGGUAAUUCAUUCGACUUCGGAGUCCUUUUCAUUCUUCUGAACGAUUUCAAGUCUUCUAGAAGCCAAAAUGGGACACAGUAAGCAGAUUAGAAUCUUACUUCUGAACGAAAUGGAAAAGCUGGAAAAGACCCUCUUCAGACUUGAACAAGGGUUCGAGCUACAGUUCCGAUUAGGCCCCACUUUACAGGGAAAAGCAGUUACUGUGUACACAAAUUACCCAUUUCCCGGAGAAACAUUUAAUCGAGAAAAAUUCCGUUCCCUGGAAUGGGAAAACCCAACAGAAAGAGAAGAUGAUUCUGAUAAAUACUGUAAACUUAAUCUUCAGCAAGCUGGAUCAUUUCAGUAUUACUUCCUUCAAGGAAAUGAGAAAAGUGGUGGGGGUUACAUAGUUGUGGAUCCUAUUUUAUAUGUUGGUGCUGAUAAUCACGUAUUACCCUUGGACUGUGUUACUCUCCAGACAUUUUUAGCUAAGUGUUUGGGACCCUUUGAUGAAUGGGAAAGCAGACUUAGAGUUGCAAAAGAAUCAGGUUACAACAUGAUUCAUUUUACCCCAUUACAGACUCUUGGGCUAUCUAGAUCAUGCUAUUCUCUGGCCAACCAGUUAGAAUUAAAUCCUGACUUUUCAAGACCUAAUAAAAAAUAUACCUGGAGUGAUGUUGGGCAACUAGUGGAAAAAAUGAAAAAGGAAUGGAAUGUUCUUUGUAUUACUGAUGUUGUCUACAACCAUACUGCUGCUAAUAGUAAAUGGAUCCAGGAACAUCCAGAAAGUGCUUAUAACCUUGUAAAUUCUCCAUACUUAAAACCUGCCUGGGUCUUAGACAGAGCACUGUGGCAUUUAUCAUGUGACGUUGCAGAAGGGAAAUACAAAGAAAAAGGAGUACCUGCUUUGAUUGAAAAUGAUCAUCAAAUGAAUUGCAUUCGAAAAAUAAUUUGGGAGGAUAUUUUUCCAAAGAUUCAACUCUGGGAAUUUUUCCAAGUAGACGUUUACAAAGCAGUUGAGCAAUUUAGAAGACUUCUUACACAAGAAAAUAGGAAAAUAACAACCAAGCCUGAUCCAACGGAACACCUUAAGAUUAUUCAGGAUCCUGAAUACAGAAGACUUGGCUGCACUGUAGAUAUGAACAUUGCACUAGCAACGUUCAUACCACAUGACAAGGGCCCAGCUGCAAUCGAUGAAUGCUGUAAUUGGUUCCGUAAGAGAAUUGAGGAAUUAAAUUCAGAGAAGUAUCAACUCGUGAAUUAUCAUCAGGAACAGGCAGUUAAUUGCCUUUUGGGAAAUGUGUUUUAUGAACGACUGGCUGGCCACGGUCCUAAAUUAGGACCUGUCACUAGAAAACAUCCAUUAGUUACCAGAUAUUUUACGUUCCCAUUUGAAGAAAUGACUGUCUCCACAGAAGAGUCUAUGAUUCAUAACCCAAAUAAAGCUUGUUUUCUGAUGGCCCAUAAUGGAUGGGUAAUGGGAGAUGAUCCCCUUCGAAACUUUGCUGAACCAGGUUCAGAAGUUUACCUAAGGAGAGAGCUUAUUUGCUGGGGAGACAGUGUUAAAUUACGCUAUGGGAAUAAACCAGAGGACUGUCCUUUUCUCUGGGCACACAUGAAAAAAUACACUGAAAUAACUGCAACCUAUUUCCAGGGAGUACGUCUCGAUAACUGCCACUCAACGCCUCUUCAUGUAGCUGAGUACAUGUUGGAUGCUGCUAGGAAAUUGCAACCCAAUUUGUAUGUAGUAGCUGAACUGUUCACAGGAAGCGAAGACCUGGACAACAUCUUUGUUACUAGACUUGGCAUUAGUUCCCUAAUAAGAGAGGCAAUGAGUGCAUAUAAUAGCCAUGAAGAGGGCAGAUUAGUUUACAGAUAUGGAGGAGAACCUGUUGGAUCCUUUGUUCAGCCCUGUUUGAGGCCACUAAUGCCAGCUAUUGCACAUGCUCUGUUUAUGGAUACUACCCACGAUAAUGAGUGUCCUAUUGUGCAUAGGUCAGAAUAUGAUGCUCUCCCAAGUACCACGAUUGUUUCUAUGGCAUGUUGUGCUAGUGGAAGUACUAAAGGCUAUGAUGAAUUAGUGCCUCAUCAGAUUUCAGUGGUUUCUGAAGAACGGUUUUAUACUAAGUGGAAUCCUGGAGCAUCUCCAUCAAAUACAGGUGAAGUUAAUUUCCAAAGUGGAAUUAUUGCAGCCAGAUGUGCUAUCAAUAAACUUCAUCAGGAGCUUGGGGCCCAGGGUUUCAUUCAGGUGUAUGUGGAUCAAGUUGAUGAAGACAUAGUGGCAGUAACAAGACAUUCACCCAGUAUCCAUCAGUCUGUUGUGUCUGUGUCUAGAACUGCUUUCAGGAAUCCUAAGACUUCAUUUUACAGCAAGGAAGUGCCUCAAAUGUGCAUCCCUGGCAAAAUUGAAGAAGUAGUUCUUGAAGCUAGAACUAUUGAGAGAAAUACAAAACCUUAUCAGAAGGAUAAGAAUUCGAUCAAUGGAAUGCCAAAUAUCACAGUAGAAAUUAGAGAACAUAUUCAGCUUAGUGAAAGUAAAAUUGUUAAGCAAGCUGGAGUUGCCACAAAAGGACCCAAUGAAUAUAUUCAAGAAAUAGAAUUUGAAAACUUGUCUCCAGGAAGUGUCAUUAUAUUCAGAGUUAGUCUUGAUCCACAUGCACAAGUCGCUGUUGGAAUUCUUCGAAAUCAUCUGACACAGUUCAGUCCUCACUUUAAAUCUGGAAGCCUUGCUGUUGAAAACUCAGAUCCUAUAUUAAAAAUUCCUUUUGCUUUUAUUGCCUCAAAAUUAACUUUGGCUGAGCUGAAUCAGGUACUUUACCGAUGUGAAGCAGAAGAACAAGAAGAUGGUGGAGGCUGUUAUGACAUACCAAACUGGUCAUCUCUUAAAUAUGCAGGUCUCCAAGGGUUAAUGUCCGUCUUGGCAGAAAUAAGGCCAAAGAAUGACUUGGGGCAUCCCUUUUGUGAUAAUUUGAGAUCUGGAGAUUGGAUGAUUGACUAUGUCAGUAACCGGCUUAUCUCUCGAUCAGGAACUAUUGCAGAAGUUGGUAAAUGGUUCCAGGCUAUGUUCUUUUACCUGAAGCAAAUCCCACGUUAUCUUAUCCCAUGUUACUUUGAUGCUAUAUUAAUUGGUGCAUACACCACUCUUCUGGAUAUAGCAUGGAAGCAGAUGUCAAGCUUUGUUCAGAAUGGUUCUACCUUUGUGAAACACCUUUCACUGGGAUCAGUGCAAAUGUGUGGAGUAGGAAAGUGCCCUUCUCUGCCACUUCUUUCACCUUCACUUAUGGAUGUACCAUAUAGGCUAAAUGAGAUCACAAAAGAAAAGGAGCAAUGUUGUGUGUCUCUAGCUGCAGGCUUACCUCAUUUUUCUUCUGGUAUUUUCCGCUGUUGGGGAAGGGAUACUUUUAUUGCACUGAGAGGUCUACUGCUGAUUACUGGACGCUAUUUAGAGGCCAGGAAUAUAAUUUUAGCAUUUGCUGGUACCCUGAGACACGGUCUCAUUCCUAAUCUCCUGGGUGAAGGAACUUAUGCCAGAUACAAUUGCCGGGAUGCUGUGUGGUGGUGGCUGCAGUGUAUUCAGGAUUACUGUAAAAUGGUUCCAAAUGGCCUAGACAUUCUCAAGUGCCCAGUUUCCAGAAUGUAUCCUACAGAUGAUUCUGUUCCUUUGUCUGCCGGCACACUGGAUCAACCACUGUUUGAAGUAAUACAGGAAGUCAUGCAAAGACACAUACAGGGCAUACAAUUCCGAGAGAGGAAUGCUGGUCCACAAAUAGACCGAAACAUGAAGGACGAAGGCUUUAAUAUAACUGCAGGGGUUGACGAAGAAACAGGAUUUGUUUAUGGAGGAAAUCGCUUAAACUGUGGCACAUGGAUGGAUAAAAUGGGAGAAAGUGAUAGAGCUAGAAACAGAGGAAUCCCAGCCACUCCAAGAGAUGGGUCUGCUGUGGAAAUUGUGGGCCUGAGUAAAUCUACUGUCCGCUGGUUGCUGGAAUUAACCAAAAAAAGAAUUUUCCCUUAUCAUGAAGUCAGAGUAAAAAGACAUGGAAAGGUUGUGACAAUCUCAUAUGAUGAGUGGAACAAAAAAAUACAAGACAACUUUGAAAAGCUAUUUCAUGUGUCAGAAGACCCUUCAGAUUUUAAUGAAAAGCAUCCUAACCUGGUUCACAAGCGUGGCAUAUACAAAGAUAGUUAUGGAGCUUCCAGCCCUUGGUGUGACUAUCAGCUCAGGCCUAAUUUUACCAUAGCAAUGGUUGUGGCCCCUGAGCUCUUUACUGCAGAGAAAGCCUGGAAAGCUCUGGAGAUUGCAGAAAAAAAGCUGCUUGGUCCCCUUGGCAUGAAAACUUUGGAUCCAGAUGAUAUGGUUUAUUGUGGAAUUUAUGACAAUGCCUUAGACAAUGACAACUACAAUCUUGCUAAAGGUUUCAAUUAUCACCAAGGACCUGAGUGGCUGUGGCCCGUUGGGUAUUUUCUUCGUGCAAAAUUAUAUUUUUCUAAAUUGAUGGGUCCAGAGGCCAAUGCCAAGACUGUGUUUUUGGUUAAAAACAUUCUUUCCCGACAUUAUGUUCAUCUUGAGAGAUCCCCUUGGAAAGGACUUCCUGAACUGACCAAUGAGAAUGGCCAAUACUGUCCUUUCAGCUGUGAAACACAAGCCUGGUCAAUCGCUACUGUUCUUGAAACACUCUAUGACUUAUAGUUGAUUCAUGAAUAUGUAUUAAGUAUACAAUCACUUAUAUUAUGGAAUGCAAGGUCAAAAUAUAAUGUAAAUGCUUUAUAUGCACAGACUUGAGUCAUUUUAAAAAUCUCAUUCAUAUGAUAUUGAUGCCCAAUUAGGUAACACUUUAAAAGCAUUUUUGUUGUUUUUUUUUUUCUUUAAUGGACAGAGGUAGCUUUUGAUUUGAAUCAGAAAGAAAAACUAUCAUUACCAAUAGGAUAUUUUUCUUUUGAAUUCAGGAAGUAUUCUUGAAAUGCCUAGAAAUUAAGAAUUUGAAAUCCAGAGAUUAAAAAAUAAAAAUCAUGUAAUCUACUGUACAUAAGUGAAAAUGAAAUAUGAGAAUGUAAUAAUGAAUGAAAUGGAAAAGUAUCCUUAAAUCUUGGUAUUUUAUUUUCUUUAGUAAAAAUACAUACUGAAUAUACUGUAGUUAACAAAUGUUCUUACCUUUUAGUAUAUUAUUACUAGCACCUCCCACACAGCAUUUGAUAAAUACUAAAUAUUGAAUCACGGAAGUGUCUAUCUACAAUGUUAUAUUCAGAAAUGGAGCACAGAUGUUCAUUGUGUGCUUUUACUUCACUAAUAUAUUAAUGUGUGGUGGGUAUUUAAUAUUAAUAUUUUAAUUAUAUUUUAAUAUUUGCCAUAAUUUGCUUAUGUUAGUGAUGCAUACGUAGGAUAUAUGAAAAAACACAAACAUUUAAGAAUUUUAUUUCCUAAAAACUGUUUUAUAAGAUUAUAAAAUUAAUCUUGAGGUCCUAUUUCCUACUAUGAGAUGAUUUACAUUCUCAAAAUGUACAUUGUUGGUCAAAGAAAAACAUGCUAUAUUAAUUUUCUAAAACUUAUUUUUAGUUUGUUUGUAAAAGCAUAUUGAUGGAUCAUAGUAGAUGCUAGUUUCCUAUUAUCUAAAACCUACAUUGACAAGCUUAGCAUUGAGAACAAUCUUAAUAUAAUAAAAAUACAUGAAUUUAGUAGUUAUCUUGAAUUCGAUAGAGUAAUUUAAAAUUUUUCUCAUGACCUUAAUUCUGCAAAGUCAUAAAAAGAAAAAGGUUUUUAACCUUUAUAUGAGUUAAUAUUUUUGAAUAAUACUUCAGAUGGAAUUUUUUAUUGUUUUACUGUUUUUGUCUCAAGAAGACACCUAUAUAAAAUCAUUAUACUUCUGGUUGAAAGAAAGUAGUUGUAAAAACCCUUUCAUUGCUUUUUAAUAUUAUUCAGUGGUGUAUUUAUAGUUAAUGAAAUAAUGGUACAGUAACACUUUUUUCAAUUAAAAGUCACAUACCCAACCAUUUUAAGAAAUAAAAAUAAGAAAAAGAAGUAAAUUAAAACUUCUAGGUAGCAAAAAUAUGUGAUGUUUUAUUUAUUUAAGAUAUUCGUACACUCAAAAGCUCAUGCAAAUUAAUGUGUCCUAUACACCCUUCUUCAACGCUGACUUUAGAAAUAGUUUUAACUAGCGUACUUUUUUGGUUUCCCAUUAUAAAGCAGAUUAAAUCCUACAAAUUUAAGGGCAGUUAUGAUAGUAAUAUGAUCACUAUCUAUAAACUCACUGGCUUCCAAGUGUCCCUUCCUUCUUCAUUGUUCAAUGUAUACACUUCUCUAACUUAUGCAGUUACAAGGAAUAACCUUCCUUGAAAGAGAGAACCAUUAGUCAUCAAAGGUUUAUGCAGUUAUGUUGCUCUACCGUACUUUCUUUUAUUAAAGGUGGUAAAAAUAACUGAAAACCAGUGUAUUUAAUGAAGAAAGCAAGUGAUAGCUGAUAGUUAAAUGGGAUGAAUGAUUGGAUGGAUGGAUAGAUAGAUAAUGAGAAUUUCUAAAACAUAGCCAUAUUGGAUUGUAGGGCAAUUACCCAUCUCAGUAAUUUUUAAGGGUAUCAUGUUGUACUAGAAAAUUAAGUGGUUGAUAUUCCAAUAAGGAAUAUUAGGGAAAGAACAUUGUGAUUAUCUGCAUGGUCUAUUUUAAAGUUUAAGAAGGCAUGUUAGACUUAUUUCAUCACAGGUAGUUAAAAUAACAGUUUUAGACUUUAGAGGGAUAAACGUCAUAUGACUAAAGAACAUUUAAAUAGAAUGCUUCAUUCCUGAGUGAUGUUGGAUGAGGUACCAUUGUAUUACAUUUUGAUGAUGGUUCUGUGCCUUGGUUCUUUGCUAAUCCAAAUCAAUCUGACUCUUUAACAUGAAAAGUUUGCCAGUAUAAUCAAUAUGCUGUGAUAAUUUAGUAAGUUUCAGAGAGGAAACAUGAGAUCUGCCAUCAUAUCUGUGGACAUUAUAACCUAGUAAAUUGUAAUCCAUUUCCAAUAUGUCUUCAACUGCUAUAUCUAGUAAGAAAAUGUCAUUUUUCUGUCUGUGUGCCAAGAAAAUAAAAAUCUUUUCUAAAGGA